AUGUGUGAUUUAUAAACUGUGCUGCGUGAAAGUUGACGAUUUUAGUUUCUUACACGAGAAAGAAAAUUUGGAACUGUGAAUCACCAGUACUGGACGUUCCUUAUACAAUAUGGCGUCUUUGAAGCAAUUUUGCAUAGUAUUCAACAAAUCAAGCGCCACAUAUGAACCCGGUGAAAUUGUCACCGGAAGAAUUAUCAUAGACGCGACAAAAGAGAAGCAUGUUAAAGGAUUAUAUUUCACUGUAAACGGAUCAGCAUUUGUUCAUUGGUUGGAAAAUGAUGCAAUAGAUGAUAUAAGGUCGCACAGCUUUUCAGGCAAAGAGGAAUACUUCAAUUUCAAGCAUAACAUACUUGGUAUUUCAGCAAGCCAGACAGGGCAUACAAUCUCCCACGGGCGUACCGAGUAUUCGUUUAGCUUCCGAUUGCCCUGUGACAUACCAUGCAGCUUUGAACAUGACACUGGGUACGUAAGAUACACGAUGAAAGUCGUUCUCGAAAGAGCAUUUAAGUUCAAUCACGAGUGCAAAGCAGCGUUCAGCGUAGUUUCGCGUUUCGACUUGAACCUUUAUCGUGAAAAAUGCUUUGCAAUCCACGAUGAAACGAACAAGAAUUUCAAUUGCUUGUGCUGGGUCGGGCAAGGCUCGAUAAGUUUACAAAUCAUGGUGCCUUGCACUGGAUACGUACCAGGGCAAAUAAUAACUACAACGAUACAUUACACGAGUACCCCGGAUAUACCGAUUAGGAAACUGAGCACAAAAUUAUUACGAACAGCCCAUUUUCGCACGCUAAGUAAUACAAUGGUUCAUAAAAAAGUAUUAAAAAAAAAUAGGCAUAUGCCACCAUUUCCGACACAUGGCCGCAUUACAUCGGAGAUUUUAGUACCACCAAUAGCACCUUCUGAUCUUCAAUAUUGUAGCAUAAUAGAUUUAGAGUACGAGGUGAUCGUCACUGUUCACAUUUCGGGACCGUAUUCUAAAAUGAAGAGACAUUACCCUGUUCUAAUCGGAACGAUACCGUUAUAUCGUCCAGCUUUGACACUUCUGCAUAGGGGCGUAGCCUCUUCCACUCCACUUGUAGCACAGCCGGCUGUAGUGACAACAUCGACGCCAGGACCAUCAAGUGCAUCAAAUAGUCCGUUACAAGAUCGAAUUACCGCUUCUACGGCUUACCUGGAUAUACCACCACCAUCCUACGAAGUAGGUUCGUCUGAAACUCCAGACAUUAGAGAUAUACAUGAAUCGGAAUUCGUAUUCGGUGCGAAUAUUCCUUUUUCGCCUAAGUAUCCUGUAUACAACUAUCCAGCACCAAGGUUACCCAAUGAAAGAUUAUAGGAACUGAGAGUUGAUUAUCUGGGUGCCUAAUUCGUUCGAAACAUAACAAUAUUCACCAACAGGUGAAAAGCUACGUUGAAGUUUCUAUAUAUGUUUUGACACAAUUUAUUAACUGACUUUAACUAUUUUAUAUGUAUGAUUAUAUACGCAUUUGAACUCUGUUCACAAGCAUAUAAAUAUACUUUUCAUGUCAAAAAAAAGUGUAC